AUGGAUACUUUCUGCAGCCUUAAUGGCCUUGACCCUCUCUGGGACUGGAACCAGACAUGGUACACACACAAACCUGAACUAAGCAACUGCUUUCAGAACACGAUCCUGGUGUGGGCACCUUGCAUCUACCUGUGGGUCAUCUCACCUUUCUACUGUCUGCAUCUGUACUGUCAUGGUCAACGCCGCCUGCCCCUUUCACUUCUUUUCAGUGCCAAGCUGUUGCUUGGCUUCUUCUUGGCUUCCUUUGGCUUUGUGGAAUUCUUCUAUAUCCUGUUGGAGCGAAACCAGGAGAUCCAUCGUCACCUUGUCUUUCUACUAAGUCCGUUCAUACGCAGCCUUACUGUGGUGUUAGCGGUGUGCAUAAUCCAGUGGGAGCGAGUCCGGGGUUGCCGCUCCUCCGUGGUGCUCUUUCUGUACUGGCUGCUCAGUGUGGUGUGUUGUCUUGUGCCCCUCAGAGCCAAGAUCCAGCAGGCCAUCGAACAGGGUCUCACUCCAGAUGUUGUCCAUUACUUGGCAUUUUUCUCGUACUUCGCCCUUCAAGUGGCCCAGCUUUUCCUCAGCUGUUUUGCAGAACAGGCUCCUCCAGGCAAAGCCAUCCAGAAUGCCUGCCCUGUUCAAGAUGCAUCAUUUUUGUCAAAGCUCCUCUUUUGGUGGUUCAGAGGGUUGGUUGUUAAAGGGUACCGAACACCUCUGCAGGCAGAAGAUCUGUGGUCCCUCCGAGAAGAGGACACUUCAGAGAAAAUCCUCUCCGAUCUGGAAGACGAAUGGACUGCAGAACGCACCAAACUGCAACAACAGGAGAUGUACCUGAGCAACAGUGUGAUGCUGGGAUCGCGCUUGCCAGAUCAGGCUCAGCUUCUAAGAAAGCUUCAAAAAGAGCAGAGCUCAGGCUUCUGCCUUCUACGAACACUCGCUCGCAACGUUGGACCUUAUUUCCUGUCAGGAACACUGUGCCUUGUGAUCCAUGAUGCUUUUAUGUUUGCUAUACCACAAGUCCUCAGUCUUCUUUUAGGUUUUAUGAGGGAGGAAAACGCGCCGCUGUGGAAAGGAUAUUUCUACGCCUCACUCAUGUUCCUUCUGUCCUGUCUGCAGUCCCUCUUUAACCACCAGUACAUGUAUGCCUGUUUUACUGUGGGAAUGAGGGUCAAGACUGCUGUCAUGGGCCUCGUCUACAGAAAGUCUCUGGUGAUAAACAGUGCAGCACGCAGGACGUGCACAGUAGGAGAGAUUGUAAAUCUGGUGUCAGCAGAUACUCAGAAGCUAAUGGAUUUUGUGGUGUAUUUUAACGCUGUGUGGCUUGCACCCAUUGAGAUUGGCCUCUGCCUCUUCUUCCUUUGGCAGCAUCUUGGACCGUCUGCGUUGGCUGGCAUUGCCACCGUCUUUUUCAUAUUCCCUUUAAACGGAUUCAUUGCCAAAAAAAGGAGUAAACUACAGGAGAUCCAGAUGAAAUUCAUGGACGGUCGAAUUAAGCUGAUGAAUGAAAUCCUAAACGGCAUAAAGAUCCUAAAGUUCUAUGCUUGGGAAAAGGCUUUCCUUGAGCAGGUGUUAGGCUACAGAGAGAAAGAGCUCAAGGCUUUGAAGAAAUCCCAGAUUCUCUACUCCAUUUCUAUUGCAUCCUUCAACUCUUCGACUUUCAUGAUUGCCUUUGCCAUGUUCGGCGUGUACGUACUCAUUGAUGACAAGAAUGUGCUGGAUGCACAAAAGAUCUUUGUCUCAAUGGCUCUCAUCAAUAUACUGAAGACACCACUCAGCCAGCUUCCUUUUGCCAUGAGCACCACCAUGCAGGCUGUUGUCUCACUGAAGCGUUUGGGUAAAUAUUUAUGCCAAGAGGAGCUGAAACCAGACAACGUUUCCCGUGAACCUUUUAAAUUGGAUAAAGAUGGUGUGGUGAUUGAGAACGGGAUAUUUAGUUGGUCUAAGGAUGGACCUCCUUGUUUGAAAAGGAUUAAUGUGAGAGUUCCCCGUGGUGCGCUGGUUGCAGUGGUUGGCCAUGUUGGCAGUGGAAAAUCUUCACUACUGUCUGCAAUGCUUGGAGAGACAGAGAGGAGAAGUGGUGUUGUCUCUGUCAAGGGUUCUGUGGCUUAUGUACCCCAGCAAGCCUGGAUCCAGAAUGCCACAGUGCAGGACAACAUUCUGUUUGGGAAAGAGAAGAAAAAGAGCUGGUAUCAACGUGUGUUGGAAGCAUGCGCCCUGCUGCCUGAUCUUGAUAUACUACCAGCAGGAGAUGCCACUGAGAUUGGCGAGAAGGGUUUGAACUUGUCUGGAGGCCAGAAGCAGAGGGUGAGUCUGGCUCGUGCUGUGUACAGGAAAGCUGAUAUCUAUUUGCUGGAUGAUCCAUUAUCUGCUGUGGAUGCCCAUGUUGGUCAACACAUCUUUGAUAAGGUCAUCGGACCCAAGGGUGUGUUAAGAGACAAGACUCGCAUCCUGGCGACCCACGGGAUGAGCUUUCUGCCUCAAGCCGAUCUGAUCCUGGUGCUGGUGGAGGGUGAGAUCACAGAGAGUGGCUCCUACCAGGAACUGCUUAACCGAAAUGGAGCUUUUGCUGAGUUUAUUCACACAUUUGCCAGCUCAGAAAGAAAAGAAAGUGCCACACAGAGAGGCUCCAGAAAGUCUUGUUCAAGGCUCAGUGUUACAGAUUUCAUGCCGUUCUCCAGAGACCUCUCUCAAGAGCAGCUUAUUGGUGGUGACACAAACAGUGUUGCUAUUCAGAGUGUAGACCCUGACAUCGAGCAGGAACAGAUUCCUGAAGAUCUGGGAAAACUCACAGAGGUGGACAAGGCUCGGAUAGGAAGGGUGAAACUUGAGAUGUAUAUCGAGUACUUCCGGACUAUCGGCUUGGGUCUUAUCGUGCCAAUCCUAUUCCUGUACGCCUUCCAGCAGGGAGCUUCUCUGGCAUACAACUACUGGCUCAGCAUGUGGGCUGAUGAACCAAUUGUCAAUGGUACUCAGCUUAACGCAGACAUGAAGCUCGGUGUCUAUGGAGCUCUCGGCUUUGCACAAGGCAUUGCAAUUUUUGGCACUACGGUGGCCAUCUCUAUUGGGGGCAUCAUUGCAUCUCGCCAUCUGCACCUGGAUCUGCUGAAAAACGUUCUCCACUCACCCAUGUCCUUCUUCGAGUCCACUCCCAGUGGCAACCUGCUAAACCGUUUUGCCAAAGAGAUUGAUGCCAUCGACUGUAUGAUACCAGAUGGCCUUAGGAUGAUGUUGGGUUAUGUCUUUAAGUUGAUGGAGGUGUGCAUCAUAGUGCUACUUGCCACACCUUUUGCUGGUGUCAUUAUCCUCCCCCUGGCACUACUCUACGCCUUUAUUCAGAGCUUCUAUGUAGCCACAUCUUGCCAACUGAGGCGUUUGGAGUCUGUGAGCCGCUCACCUAUCUACACACACUUUAAUGAAACAGUGCAAGGUGCCAGUGUCAUUCGGGCCUUUGGAGAGCAGCCACGCUUCAUUCUGCAAGCGAAUCAGAAAGUGGAUCUGAACCAGACCACCUAUUUUCCUCGAUUUGUGGCCACCAGAUGGCUGGCAGUGAAUCUGGAGUUCCUGGGUAACGGUGUCGUUCUCGCUGCUGCUAUACUUUCCGUUAUGGGCAAAGACACUCUAAGUCCAGGGAUUGUCGGCCUAGCUGUGUCUCAUUCCCUGCAGGUGACGGGGAUCCUCAGCUGGAUUGUCCGAUCAUGGACAGAUGUUGAAAAUAACAUAGUGUCAGUUGAGAGAGUGAAAGAGUAUGCUGAAACAGCCAAAGAGGCUUCAUGGAGCUCAGAAGGCAUCUCACUACCACAUGCUUGGCCUGAAACAGGCGCCAUAGAGUUUCAGGACUAUGGUCUGCAGUACCGCAAAGGUCUUGAGCUUGCAUUAAAAGGCAUCUCACUACGCAUUCAAGAGAAAGAUAAGAUUGGUAUUGUGGGAAGAACUGGUGCAGGAAAAUCAUCGCUAGCUCUUGGAAUUUUCCGCAUAUUAGAAGCAGCAAAAGGAGAGAUUUAUAUUGAUGGGAUCAACAUUGCUAAGCUCGGUCUUCAUGAUCUUAGAUCUCGCAUCACUAUCAUCCCUCAGGAUCCAGUGUUAUUCUCUGGCUCAUUGCGUAUGAAUUUGGAUCCUUUUGAUGUCUACUCUGAUGAGGAGGUUUGGAGUGCAUUAGAACUGGCCCAUCUCAAGCACUUUGUCUCCGGACUGCCUGAUAAACUUAAUUAUGAGUGCUCAGAAGGAGGGGAAAACCUUAGUCUGGGGCAGAGGCAGUUAGUAUGCUUGGCAAGAGCACUGCUUCGAAAGACAAAGAUUUUAGUUCUGGAUGAAGCCACAGCAGCAGUUGAUCUGGAAACAGAUACACUGAUCCAGUCCACUAUCCGCAGCCAGUUUGAAGAUUGCACAGUGCUCACCAUUGCUCACAGACUUAACACCAUCAUGGAUUAUACAAAGGUUAUUGUUAUGGACAAAGGACACAUAAAGGAGAUGGACUCCCCUGCUAACCUCAUUGCACAGAGAGGUCAGUUUUACCAUAUGUGCAGAGAGGCUGGAUUAGUGUAAAUUGCACUUUUGAACUGGUUCCUGGACAACAUAGUCUGCUGGCGCCCCCCUGAGGUGGAAUUCAACUAUCAAUCAUCAGCCACAUUAACAGGCAUGUCUUGCUGGCCAGUGUAACAGUACAGAGAAAAAAAAACUAUACACGCUCAUGUUGGUGCUUUAGUAUGAAGGAAGGUACUUGAAGGGCACAUGAAUUCCCAGUUUGAUUGAUUCCAAAGAGUCAGACAUGUUUUACCAGUGUACACUUAUGUAUUACCAAAGCUCAGCUGAAACCUUUAUUUACUCAGGUCGACUUAACAUUUUCAACGGCACCUUAUUUACUGUGUACAGCUGGAACAUUAGCUCUCUCAGACCCUGCAUGUUAGCCCCUGCAGACUGGGUAACAGGGUGGGGAGAAGUCUGUACAAUAAUGUCUUAUUUUGUGGAAUAAAUGUCUUAUUUUUAUACAGUUAUAUACACACAGUGGUACUAAGUCCGGUCCUACACCAAUUAAUCAGCUAAAUGUUUUAUAUAUAAAGAAUGUGUAUGACACAAGCACUCCAAUGGCAUUUCACUGAUACUUGAGAAAAGGGAAACCAUGUUUUAUUUAUGUUUGUGCAUAAAACCUAAAUUAAAAUGGUUUUAUUUAUAGACAAAAGUCUCAACUAACCAACAAUGUAAGGGGAGUUUUUUUUUAUUUUUUAUUUUUUUAUUCAUUUAUUCACAUUUAUUCACUUCAUUUUUGUUAACUCUGUCAGACAGUAAAAACCAUGCUAUUAUAAUGUGAUUAGUUCUUAAGUGUAUUUUUCUUUGAAAAGGAUUUUAUUCCCAUUAAUUUUCAGAAUGGGAAGACAGAGUUGACACAUUAAAGCUACGACUACAGUGAUAUCUACAUUGUUCGUUUAAAAUAUCAUAAACUUACAAAAUUUAGCAGACCAAGAACCAAAAGUUUUUGCUGACCAUGACAUUGUCUGGUUUAUGAUCAUGAAAAGAAUCUGACGUUGAGGUAAAGUGAAGAUGCAAAUUUGAUAGGCAUAUGGAACAUAUAGUUUAAAGUGCACUUUAUGAAUAUUUAUAUCUAUGCAUUUUAAACUCUUUUUGGCAUGCAGUAUGACAUUGAGACCUCUAGCUGAGGAUAGGUUACCAAGUACUGCAUUUUAACACAUUCUAAUACAAUUCAUUGAAAAUAUCUGAAAUAGAUUUUUUGAUCAUACGCCGCUCCACCUGACUUUUAAUGCAUUAAAGACUUUUUGAUAUAGGUUAUAGGUUAAUAUAUGUGUUUUGUCCCUUAUCUCAAGAAUCAGUGAUUUAUGGGCUCCACUUAAUGAAGUAAGCAGAAGUAAAAUCACAAGCAAAAUUGAAAUGUCAAACGAAAACUAGCUUGCAUUCAUUCAUUUUCUUAUAAAAUUGUUAGUGCUUUAUGAUUAGCUUAAAGUUGCAGUAUGAAGACUAGAGAAAAACACACAGGAAACAUGUUCCUUUAAUACUGUCAGAGCAGUCAUGUACAUUUUGCCUUAAAUUUUAUAAGAUGUUAAUAGGGCUUUUCUGGGUUCUCGUCAGUGAUAUACUAUAAGUCUACUAUUCUUACAUAGUAAUAGAUGUGUGCAGCCUGCUUUUGAUGAUACUUACCUUUAAUUACUACAUAAACAAGUACUGUUUUGCACCUUAAUUCAUUCAGGAUAAACAUGCAAUGCUUUUUAAAUUAUGUAACAUUUCUAUCCAAGUUGUGUUUAAUAACAUUUGUACAAGAGAGAUCUUCAAAUCUGGAAAUGCUAAUGCUGCACAGCUUCAGGCUGACACCCACAAAAAAUCUGUCAGUGGCUCCUCUGAUGUCUCAGGUCUCAGACCCAUUAAAAUAAGCACAGUCAUGAUUACUCUGAAAUGGAUUAGAAAGUGCAUGGAUGCGAGCUGACUGCAUUUGAUUUUGCUUGUGAUUUAUGUAUUAGACAAAGCUCUUGUGUAUUUGGUUUAGAAACCAGAGGGACGAGUUUUUAUGGGUUAGAGAAACACAUUUACUGACAGUACAACACUCCACAGGAAGUGGCUCUACGCUAAGACUCUCCCACUCACGAACCAUUUUAGUGUUUUAUGAGGGCGUCUACGAGGAAACAGACUGGAAGUCACAACUAUGUUGCGGUGGUUGUUUAUUUCUGGCAAAGUAAACACAUAAAAAGGUCAAUAAAUACUCGACUAAAGACCUUUAUUACAAGUACCACAUUUCCAGAUUUCGUAACAGUAGUAGUUGUGACAGGUAAAAUAUUUGCAACAUGAUCAAUCCGGGAAAUGUUUUUUCAUUAAAUAAUUUGCACUUCCAAGUAUAGAAAAUCCAGUGUAAGUGUUUUAUAUUUUAUUUUGAAAUAUUUAGUUUUGUUACUGUAACUAGAUAGAGCAUCUACUUAAGAUCUUAAUGUACAGGUCUUGAAAAUAUCAAAAAAUGCUGGAAAUAAUUGUGCCUUUACAUUUUAUUUAUAUAUUUGCUAUUUUACAUUGCUA